UCCUCCUGUCUUCUCCGUGGAGCACUGCUGCAGCUGACUCUGGAAUUAUCUGGCAUUUGUCAAUUUGAAUAGGAUGAAAGCCAGGUUCUGCUUCGUAUUUGGUACCUGUGCUUUCCUUCUGUGUCUUCUCUCAGGAGGCACAUGUUCAGAUGCAGAGCAUAAGCUCUUCUCUGUGAUAUUCUCCAACUACAACCAGUAUAUACGACCAGUGGAAAAUGUGUCUGAUCCAGUCAUUGUACAGUUUGAGGUGUCCAUGUCACAGCUGGUCAAAGUGGAUGAAGUGAAUCAGAUCAUGGAGACCAAUCUGUGGCUGAGACAUAUCUGGAAUGACUAUAAACUUAAAUGGAACCCAAAAGAUUUCGGAGGCGUCGAGUUUAUCCGAGUGCCAUCCAACAGGAUUUGGAAGCCAGACAUUGUGCUGUACAACAAUGCAGUCGGAGAUUUCCAGGUUGACGACAAAACAAAGGCCCUGCUUCGCUACAAUGGCGACGUUACCUGGAUCCCUCCGGCCAUCUUCAAGAGCUCUUGCAAGAUUGAUGUCACAUAUUUCCCAUUUGAUUACCAAAACUGCACAAUGAAGUUUGGUUCCUGGACCUACGACAAAGCCAAAAUCGACUUGGUGCUGAUUGGUUCGACAAUCAACCUCAAGGACUUCUGGGAGACAGGCGAGUGGAUGAUCAUUGAUGCACCUGGUUACAAACACGAUAUUAAGUACAACUGCUGCGAGGAGAUCUACACCGAUAUCACAUACUCUUUGUACAUCCGCCGUCUCCCUCUUUUCUACACGAUCAACAUGAUCAUCCCGUGUCUCCUCAUCUCCUUUCUCACAGUGCUUGUCUUCUACUUGCCCUCUGACUGUGGUGAGAAAGUAACACUGUGUAUCUCUGUCCUGCUGUCUUUGACUGUCUUCCUCCUUGUCAUAACAGAGACCAUUCCUUCCACCUCACUGGUGAUACCCCUGAUUGGCGAGUACCUCCUCUUCACCAUGAUUUUUGUCACUCUCUCUAUUGUUAUUACUGUUUUUGUGUUGAACGUCCACUACCGCACACCAAAGACACAUACCAUGCCCUGCUGGGUAAGGCGUGUGUUCCUGGAACUGCUGCCCAGGGUGAUGUUCAUGACCAGGCCAGAGAGGGAUCCUGAGAAGGUGACUGUGGCUGGCAGUGUUCAGACGAUGCAUUCAAAAUCCUGUGCCAUUCAUUCGUUAGGUACUCUGCCAAAGCAGCAGAAAGCUCAGGCCCUGGCCAACAGCAUGGUAUCAAGUCUGACAAACCGGCAACGACUUUUUAAUAACACAGAGCUCUCCAAUCUUAAUAACUUGGGUGGAGAGUCAACUAAAUGUCCCAGCUCUGGGUUCUUGUGCUGCGAGGGCCGCUGCAACUGCUGCUGGCAGAAGAGAACCAGCAAACUGCCUGCAGACUCUGGAGGUGGGAGCGGAGGACUGGGCAGCCUAGGAGCACUAAGUGGAGGCAGCACUGUGGGUGUUGGAGUGGGGAGUCAGUGCUCUAGCUCAGAGUCUUUGGAUGGAGGAAUAAUGCCCCUGCUGUCUCUCUCUCCUGAGGUCAGGGAGGCUAUUGAGAGUGUCAAAUACAUAGCAGAGAACAUGAGACUACAGAAUGAAGCAAAGGAGGUUCAAGAUGACUGGAAGUAUGUUGCCAUGGUUAUCGACAGGAUCUUCCUAUGGGUUUUUGUGCUUGUGUGCAUCCUGGGAACAGCUGGCCUCUUCCUCCAGCCUCUAUUACUCGGUGAAGAUAUUUAAUUCAGUUUGAUAAAACAAAUUGUCCAGACUGCUGAAUUGCACAAAAUCUGUUACACAGAUGAGUCUGACAAUGGCUCAGAGAAAAUUUCAAAGUUAAGUGGAAAAUAUGGCAAAUGUUGAUACAAGCGUUUCAGUGACUUUUUUAUUCAUAGAUACAGUUGUGCUUUUUUUCUUUUCCUUGUUAUAAAUCCUGUAAAUCCUAAAGACAUGGCUGCAAUUAAGAUGACUUAGAAUUCAAAAUGUUUAAAUGUCUUAAAAAACUAUAAAAUGUUUCCCAAAGCCAAUGCAAAAUUUCAUGCACCUCGAUUUUGCAGAGUAAGAUCCUCUGUUUAUUCAACAAGCUUCAACAGAAGUGAACAAUACUGGGACAUGUUACUACGUAAAACUGUCAUAAUCCAUCUGAAACUGUGGUGUUUUGCAGGCUCUUGUGUUUAGUAUUUUGACUAAACUGAUGUAUAAUAUCAUGUGUGACAGACUUCUACGGUUGUUCAUCCAUCUGUUUAUUUGAUGUAAGCUCUGCUAAUGUUUGUGACUAUUAUAAUAGCAGCCAAAAGAAGACAAGACAAGCUGUUUUGAUUGUUUGUAUUUGGCCUUGUGACUCGUGGAAUGCUUCUGACUGAGAAUGAGCCUUGAAUGAGAUGCAGAACUUCACACAAUACUGUCUACAGAACUCUUUUUCAAUAGACAUGUGAUUUUUAUAUGAAUAGAAAAAUAGUGUGUUAAGGCCUUUAUUGUAAUUAUAUUACCAUAAUUCAGUCCAUAUAAAUUGUCAUAGUAACAUACAGCACAGCGCACAUAUUUGAGGUACUUGUUUUCACUGUUCUUUUUUUUUAAUGUAAUUUUAUACUGAAUUGAUGCCGUCUACCACAGUCUCUACCACGGCCAUAUCUUCUCUUCUUCUCCUGCCUCUGAGAAAACAUGCUAAGAUGAUGUUGCCCAUCUUGACCCAGGACACACUUGCAGAAGAGAUCCAGGAUCAAAGCUCUUUCACUUCUAAAGAAAGACUGUGACCCUGUUUGAUGUUUAAAAUCAACCCAUAGAUAGUUUUAAACUGGGUUUUUGUGUGUUCAGCUUUUUAACAUUUUAAUUUAUAUUUUCAUGUUUGAGAAUCAAGCAGUGCAGACUGUUCUCAAAGACUGACAUCCUGUGGCAAAUCAUUGCUCCUACAGCUUACUUCCUGGUCGUUUUAAAGGGAUACCUAACCCAGUUUGUCAUUAUUGCUGCUGGAAAAUGUCCUCAUUUGAUUGCACAUUUAACACAUACGAACCCAUAGUGACGCUGGUGUCACAGUCACAAAUCCAUUAA